GCCGGUGGGCCGGGCAGAGGGGGAGCGGGCAUGUUGCACACAUGAGCCGGGCGCCUGAGUGGAGAAGGACGGAGCGGGAGGGGAGGCGGAGGAGGUCGUGUCUCUGCACUGAGCAGCCUGCAAUCCUGGAUCUGCUAAGCUGACAAAGAUGGAGGAUUAUUCCCUGGGGGGAGGUGAAGGUCGCUACUCUCCAGCCUGGUGGAUUGUCCGGGCGGGGAGGCUGAAGAACUGCGGUGAAGAAUGGGGCGAGAGGAUGUCUGGCCCGGCUGUGUUCAAGUCCACCACAUUGAAAUGGAAGGAGACCCUACUGAGCCGGAAGAGGCCCUUUGUUGGUCGAUGUUGCUAUGUCUGCACCCCUCAGAGCCGGGAUAAAUUCUACAAUCCCAGCAUCCCCUCCUUAGGUCUGCGGAAUGUCAUCUACAUUAAUGAGACGCACACCAGACACCGCGGCUGGCUGGCUCGUCGCCUCUGUUAUGUGCUGUUUGUCCAGGAACGAGACGUCACCAAGGCCAUGUUCUGUAGUAAUAUGGCGGAAACGGUGCUGAACCAGAGCAGGGUGAAAGAAGCCAUAGAAGCCGUGGCGGCUGAGGCCAGUCCCACUGGAACUGCAGACCCCAAGUCUACCAACAAAGUCAAGAGGAAAGCCAAGAAGAUCCUGCAGGAGAUGGUGGCAUCUGUAUCCCCAGCAUUGAUCAGGCUAACGGGCUGGGUUCUCCUGAAGCUCUUCAAUGGCUUCUUCUUGAACAUUCAGAUUCACAAGGGGCAAUUGGAGAUGGUGAAGAAAGCGGCCACAGAGACGAAGGUUCCACUCGUCUUCCUCCCCGUUCACAAAUCGCACAUCGACUACCUUCUCCUCACAUUCGUCUUGUUCUGCCACAACAUCAAAGCCCCCCAUAUUGCAGCAGGGAACAACCUCAACAUCCCCAUUUUCAGUACUUUGAUUCGCCUGUUGGGCGGGUUCUUUAUUCGGCGAAAACUUGAUGAAACCCCAGAUGGCAAAAAAGACAUUCUGUACAGAUCCUUGUUAAACGGGUACAUCGAGCAGCUCCUUUGCAAGCAUCAGUUCUUGGAAAUAUUUCUGGAAGGAACUCGCUCUCGCAGUGGCAAGACCUCGUGCGGCAGAGCCGGCAUCCUGUCUGUCGUCGUGGACACUUUGUGCAACAGCUCCAUCCCCGAUGUCCUUGUCAUACCUGUGGGGAUAUCUUAUGACCGUAUAAUUGAGGGGCAUUAUAACGGAGAACAACUGGGAAAGCCCAAGAAAGACGAGGGUCUGUGGAGCGUGGCCAGGGGGGUGUUCAGAAUGCUGCGCAAAAACUAUGGCUGUGUACGAGUAGACUUCGCCCAACCCUUCUCUCUGAAGGAAUAUCUAGAAAACCAGAGGCAGAAGCCAUCGCCCGCACCUCUCCGUUUAGACCAAGCGCUGCUUCCCGCCAUCCUCUCAUCCAGAGCCACAGAUGCCGUGAAUGAGAGCGUUCCAAUCUCUAAUCCUGACCUGAAGGUGGACAGCCCAUUCAGAAGACAGAUAAUCUCCAGUCUGGCCAAUCAUGUCUUGUUUACUGCAGAUCAGUGCUGCGCUGUGAUGUCUACACACAUAGUGUCCUGCCUUCUCUUGUACCGCUAUCGGGAGGGGGUCAGCCUGUCCCUAUUGGUGGAGGACUUCUUCUCUAUGAAGGAGGAGGUCCUGGCUCGGGACUUUGAUCUGGGGUUUUCGGGAAGCUGCGAGGACGUGGUUAUGCACGCCAUACACCUAUUAGGCAACUCCGUGAACAUCACCCACACCGAUCCCGGUGAGUUCUUCAUCGCACCCAACACCAACAUCCCGGCCGUCUUCGAGCUGAACUUCUACAGCAACGGUGUCCUUCACGUCUACCUCACAGAGGCCAUCGUGGCCUGCGCGUUACAUGUCGAACAGAGGAGAAGGUCAGAUGGGACGACGGGAGCUGCCGACGGAACGAUCAGCCAGGAGAGACUCCUCCGCACCGCUGCGGCCUUGUGUUACCUCCUCUCCAACGAGGGAAUGAUAGCUUUGUCCUGUCAGAUGUUCUACCAGGUUUGUCAUGAGGGUCAGCGUCUGGUCACCUAUGGGAUAUUCUUGGAUGACCAGGAAGAUGCCAGUCCUAGUCUUUCUGAGCCCACAUGGGAUAGCAAGAUCCCAGAUCGUGUGCAGUGGAGGAGCGACGAGGAAGAUGAAGAUAGCGACUUUGGAGAGGAGCAAAGAGACCGAUAUCUGAAGGUACAAACACUGAGAACCCAUCAGCAGUUCCUGUCCUUCCUGCAGAGACUACUCGGUCCCAUCCUCGAGGCUUACAGCUCCGCCGCCUCUUACAUCUAUGGUUUCAGCGGUCGCGUUUCUGAGAGGGAAUUAAUCCGGAAUCUGCAGAAGUACCUUCUAGCCAGAACGGAGCGAAGAGUCGCUGUAUAUUCUGAGAGCGCCACCUUUUGUCUGGCAAGAAAUGCAGUGAAAACCUUUGUGGACCUGGGGGUGUUCCAGGCCUGCAAGCAAAACCGCGACAACAUUCUAGAACUAAGCAGCACGUUUCUACCUCAGUGUAACCGCCAAAAGCUUCUGGAGUACAUUGUAAGCUUUAUGGCUCUGUAGCUGCUUGGAGACCCACAGUCAUCGCUCACCGACGCCUUGGCUGUGCUACCCUCUAACCCGGCACCAUCGCUGCAUUUUAUGCACUGACAAAAGAAAAGUGCCUACUACACAUGAAAACCAACUUCCAGCGACUCUACUGUGACAAUCCAGCGCAUGAGACGUUUUUUAUAUAACAAAGUCACAACCUGCAGACUCCGUCAAAGACUAUUUUUUUUUUUUUUUUUUAAAAGACUAUUUAUACACAUUGCUGCCAGUCGCACAUAAAAUGGAAAAAUCUGAGAAUUUUUUUGCCAUAUGUUAUUGUGGUCUUUGCGUCUCUGGUACUUUUUUUCCCCUCUCUUACCGUCAUUUUCUCAGUAUGUUAUAUCAUUGGCCUGCAUUUUGAUUUUUUUUUUUUUUUAUUCGGCCUCCGAAAGUUUUUUUUUAUUUUUUUUCAUGUAAUGUCAUUUGGAUAUGACACAGGAGAAGUCAGCGUUUGUCUUGUGUUGCAAUUUGUGGUCUGUUUUUUGUUUUUUUUCGGGUUAUUCUUAUUGCCACCCUUCAUAUAUUCAUCCUGAGGGUAGGAUGCCACUCUUCAUAUAUUCAUCUUAGGGGUAGGAUGCCACCCUUCAUAUAUUCAUCCUGAGUGUAGGAUGCCACUCUUCAUAUAUUGAUCCUGGGGGUAGGAUGCCACCCUUCACAUAUUGAUCCUGGGGGUAGGAUGCCACCCUUCAUAUAUUGAUCCUGGUGGUAGGAUGCCACCCUUUAUAUCUACAUCCUGGGAGUAAGAAAGCACAGUUCACAAUUGUUUCUCUAAGAACCAAUGAGAUUUAAAGCAGAUCUAAACCCGAAGUAGGUGGCAUUUGCUCUGUGCACUGUGAAUCAUAAACAAUUGCCUUUUUUUUAAUGUCCAUAAAAUACGGUUUUCACCCCCUUUUUUUUUUUUUCAUCAUUUUGCUUCGUAUCACCUCCAGCCACUUUCUGUCUACAUGCAUUUGCCUCAGUGUUCACUGCACAUCAUUCAUUUAGACAAUACAGGAGCACAACUGGGAGACAGUUGUCACCCUAUAACAGAAAGUGCCUCGACAGGAACCUUUUAUGGCAGGAUCACCGGGCAUUAUUAUAAUAAAAACUGCAGAUUUAUAAAGAAUAUAAUCAACACCUUAUGAAAUGGCAUUACAAUUAUAUAUCUUAUAUUAGAUCUAAGUAAUUGGUUUCAGAUUUACUUUAGGCUUUAAUGCUGUGUGAUGCCAGUUGGUUGGUACCAGCAGCUUUGCUCUAGAAUUGAUUCAUUGGUCUUUUAUGGAGGCCAGUUAUUUCAGUCUAAUGUAUGUAAUUUAAAGGCUGGUUGGACCCACACUGUAAUUCUCUUAUAUGAUUUCAGUGUAAUUGAUAUUUAGUCCAAGUUUACUAACAUUCAAGAUGGCGCCAUUAUUCUUGUUGACCGGUGGGGACCUCCAGAGUCAUUGAAACGUUGUACCUAGGCUUGGUCAUUGGUCUGAGAUUCCAUGUUAUUUUUCCGAUUUAUAUGUGUCUCCUUUUGAAUAUCUUUUAAAACUGUUAUUUGGUAUGUCCCAGAUUUUGAUCUAAAAGUGUCCAGCCGAUCCUCUACACACUAAUAUUAUGGAGUGCCUGGACCAGACACAGUAGAAUGUUCUCGGAGUGACUAGUGAAGACUAGAAUUUGAGGUUUUAGCAGAAAUGGUUUAUUUUCCAUCCAUUGAGGGACACAGGAUAUCUGUAACCAUUUGAGUCAAAAAUCUUGGAAAUUGGCAAAAAAAAUCAAAUAAAAAUCUGUAGGACAGCCCAGGAUAUAUAACCCCUCGUAUGUAUGCAAUUGGCAAGCAGAUUUCCUCAUCUGGAAGUACCUGGAUCCAUGGAUGUGGUGCCCACACUCUUGUCACUGGUGAGGGACAUCCGGUGGUGGGUUUCCAGGUUCAACAAACUGGAGAGGUUUGCCUCCAGAUACAUGGAUCCUUUGGAAGCAGUAGAUGCUUUGUUGAAUCAGUACACUCUGAUCUAUUUCUGUCUUCUCCUGAAGCUCAUCUGUUUUUGCAAGAUCAAGAUGGAGGGCAUUCUGAUGAUCAUCGUCAUUGCUUCGGACUGGCCCAGGUAAAUGUGGUAUGCAAACCUGGUAGGACUCCUGACAGACGGUCUAAAGGCACUGCCAGAUCUUUAGGAUGAAGGGACUGCCAAAUCAUUAGGAUGUUCUGUUCCAAAGACCGAUUUGCCAUUCGGCUUCACAAUCACUGGCUUUAAUGGCAUGGCUGUUGAAGACCAGGUCUAGAAGGAUAGGGGCAUAUCUGAGUCUGUGAUUCUUAUAAGGUGUGAAGUAACUUCCCAUAAGGUUUCUCAUUAGACAUGAAAAGGCGUUCUUCACCUGGUGUAAAUUUCAAUGCUUCCACCCCAGGAGUUUCUCUGUGGGGUGUAUCCUUUCCUUCCUGCAGCUGGGUUUAGACCAGAGUUUGGUUUUCGGCAAAAUUAAGGCUCAGAUUUCUGCUCUUGUAUUCUGUUUCAGAAACUCUUGACCUCUCACUCUGAGACCUUUGAAUAGGGGGUCUCCCAUAUAGCUCACUCUGUGAUUCCAUUGAAUCUAAUUCUCUUAGCAAUUCAGAAACAGCCUUAUGCACCUAUUUGAGAUGUUCCUUUCUCUGCUGACCUUUUAAACCAAAGAAUCGAGCAACAAUCAAUGUUCUACAAGAAAAAAAAUAACAUAUUGCUACUGUACUUUAGAAAACAAAAGAAAUGCUAAACUUAUAUAAAUUCCUGAGAUAAUAUAUAGGCCAAUAGUAAAGCCGAAAAACCCAAAGCUGUGGAAACCUAAACUGUUUAGACGGAGCAACAGAGAGGGCCUAAGAGGCACAACCUAUCACCAGGGUCAGAGACAGUCAUACCCCUAGAGAGACAUUUCUGGAAACCAGGGAGGCGUAUUGCCUCUCCACGCCCAUUGCCUACCUCAAGCCCCCAAAUCUUUUCCACCUCAUGCAGAGUGUUUAGAAAUUACUUUCUGUCAAAUGGAAACCUGGCACUGGGCUCUUUUUUUAUAAAAAAAAAAAAAAAGUUCAUCCUAACAAUAAAACCCUCCAGCACUGAAUGAUGCAUACACACUAGAUAUAACACAGCUUAGAGAGGAAAGGAACGACAAGAGCAUUGCCUACCUGUUAGUUUCCCUUUUAACACAAAGGUUCAUAAAGGAGGAAAUGGUCCUUAGUUUCCUUACAGACUACUGUCAGAUGACCAUGAACCACAUAACUGCAGUAUUUCAGCUUGCCCUCAACAUAGAGCUUCUUGUGGUAGCGCAACCAUGCCAAAUUUCUAAAUCUAAAGGGGACCCAAUCCAAAAUGAUCAACCUUAACCCUUUCCCUAAAAUUGGGCCUGGACAAUCCUUUUAUGGCCAGUGGGUCAUGAAAGGCUUCACUUAUGUCCAACUCACAAGGAUUUUCACCCAACAAUCGCCACUGUUACAGAAAUUUCAGUCAUGGCACAACAUAGGCUGGGGACCGACUAUGGCAAACCCGGAGAUUCCUCACUUGGCUAACCUUUUACCAGAAUUUAAGAAAAUGCCUAAACCAAGCUUCAAAAAUACCCGUUCAUCCAAGAGAUUUCACUGCCAAUAUUGAACUGCCAAUAUUGAACUUGAGAAACAGCAGAGCGGGUUGCUUAGGUUGGGUUGGCCUGUCCAUCUUCUGGACAGAUAGGUGGCAUUCCUUUUGAGCAAAACACGUCAUGUUGGUAAUAUGUUUUGAUUCAUGUUGAUACCAGUUUCCAGCUGAUAAUUGCUGCAGCACCCAUUUAUUUGAGGCUAUCCCAGGGAACGUAUGUGAGGGGAAUAUUUUGUCGUUCCUUUUGAUGUUCAGUCUUUUCCUCUACAUCAUCUGGAAGAACACACUAUAGAUACUAGGAUAGAGAGGCACUGGCAAGAUGCCAACAAAGCUGACACAUAAAAAUACUGAAAUCGGGCAUGUCUUAAAUUAACCCUUUUUCUCAGUGGUAGCGUCCUUCUCUUUCAACCUCAACGCUAACAUUGGCAACUUCCAACUUGCCUUUGAGAUUUUUAAGGUUUUAAUUUCCAGGAUCAAGUUUAAUGCCAAGUACCUUAAUACCCUCUCAUUCACAAGGGGGUAGUUCUUGUAGCCAUCUCUGCAAGAAGAGUGUGUGAACUGGCAGCUUUAUCCUGCAAUGAACCAUUUCUGGUUUUUCAUAGGGACAAGUAGUGUUCUUGCCUAAGGUAGUUUCUGCCUUUCACCUCAACUAGAAUAUUGUUUCUCCAUCCCUCUAUCUGGCUUUAGCUCACCAACAGAGGUUUCCCUGUAUUGUUUGAAUGUGGUUUGGGCUGCGAGUGUCUUUCUCUCGGCCACUGCUUUCAAAAAGAAUUCCCUUUUUACUAUCCCAACUGAACCCAAUAGUCAAACUUCUUGUUUGACUAUCUUUAGUUAGCUCAGCAGACCAUUCAAGACUUGGUCUCAAAAAUGAGGUUCCACCCUUUUCCUGUCAAGACACACUCGACUAGGUCUAUGAGUGCUCUUUGGGCUUUUUGGCAUCAGGCAACUGUUUUUAGAUGUUCAACCUGGCCUUCUGUUCUAAGUUCUACAAGGUGGAUAUUUUGGCCUCUUCUCAUGCCAGUUUGGGUUUAAGGUCCUCUUGGCACCUUUUAGAGCUGAAGGCAGUCCCCCUGUUCUGUUUUCUUUUCUUGGGCCUGGUAGCGUUUGUUUUCUGCGUUGCCCACCCUUCAGUUGGUCUAAAUUUGGAUGUCCUAAAGGUUAAUGUCUUCUUCUGUUCCUCAAUGGAUGUGAAAGAAACUACUUAUUUUGUACCUACCGUAAAAUCUUUAUUGUGGAGUACAUUGAGGGACACAUGUCCCACCUGUCUGUGUUUUAUGAUCAUACUCUCUGUACUGCUUUGCUACAAAACUGAGGAUUGCUGGUAGUGUGGGGGGGAGGCGGUUAUCCUGAGCUGGCCUAGUUUUGUUUUUUUUAUUUUUGUUUGUCCAAGACCCCUGCAGGUGGCAGUAUAGCCCAAAGGUCACUCAAUGAACAUCAAGAACAGGAAUGUACGGUGAGUAUUUUUCAAAUAGUUGCAUUUGCAAUUUAAUGGCCGGAAGCUAGCGUUUUUUUCUUGCUUCUAUUCUCUAUUGAACUGAGUUAGGAGUCAAAGGGCUACAACAUGUAGUUAUGAUAGAAUUGAAUGUGAUUAUUUAAAAUGGGUCUUCUCCUAAAUGCUUUUACUACUCUUUAACACUUCACUGUCAAUAAUUUAACAGCGCUGCAUUGUUAAAUGUUCCCUUGUGGAUUAAAUGUAGCGUUUACCGACUUUGACGGUAAGAAUGAACUAUGUACUGUAACCAUAAAACCACUAAAGAAUGGCCGGUGGGCCUCUGUACAUAUUAAGUAAAAAAUAACUGUAUUUCCAUGUGGAAAUGCUAAUGCAAUAAAAAACACCUUCUAAUGUGCUUUA